AUGUCAAGAGUGGUUUUGGUUGGGUCAGGCCAUCGCAUGAGUGGACAUAUAAAAGAGGAGGCCCGUCUUGAACGUUCAUCAAUCAACAUGAAGAUCUUAGCAAUUGUCCUAUUGAUACCUGCAGCCUUAGGAAAGCCGCAGGAAUACAGUCUCCCAUCGGCUUCAGGGAAUGGGUUCUCCUCUGGUGGCGGCGGUUUUACCAGUGGCCCCGAAAUACAGGGAGGAAACGGUUUCACUAGUGGUGUUGUUGGCGCAUCUUCACAUGAAUCUUCAUCCGGUGCUGGCUAUAAUGGGGGUUCUGGAGGUCCUUCCGGUGCCUGUCGUGAUGGAGAGAUCCUGCAUGUAGACGGAUCUUGCGUUGUUCCUAAAGUAAGAAGAACCAUCUAUGUAUUCACCGCUCCUGAAGUGCCUCGGCAACCAGUCGGUCCGCCACCAAGCGUGCCACCACCGAGAGUGGAAGAAAAUAUCGUGUUCGUUCGUGUUCCGGAAGCAGGACCAGCACCCGAUCCCAUCAUCCUUCCUCCACCCCGCCAAGAGCAGAUCGUGUUCGUCCUGAACAAGAACGAUGGAGGAGGAGGCCAACGAGUGAUCGAGGUCACUGCUCCUCCACCUUCUGAUCCUGAAGUUUACUUCGUCAACUACGAAGAAGGAGAAAAUCCAACCCUUCCUAUUGGUGUUGAUCUUGAGACUGCGCUCAGUGCCGCCGCCAAUGGAGGGGGUCAGGCCAUCGGAGGAGCAGGUGAUUUUGGGGGAGAUGGAGGAUUCGGCGGCAGCGGAGUAAAUGGCUUUGGAGGAGACGGAGGAUUCGGCGACAUUGGAGCAGGUAGCUUAGAAGGAGAUGAAGGAUUUGUCGGUAGCGUGGAAAAUGGCUUUGGAGGAGACCUAGGAUUUGGCGGUAGCGGAUCAGGUAGUUUUGGAGGAGAUGGAGGAGUCAGCGGCACAGGAGUCGGAGCGAUCAGCGGACUUAUUGACCUUCGGAGAGUUAAUAGAGGAAUCGGCGGCAGAACUGGAGGAAUAAGCAACACUGGAGGAGUCGAAGAAAGUGGAAGAGAGGAACUAUACUCCGGAUCUUAA